AUGGCAACAUCACUAUCAUCAACGGCGAUGUCACCAACAUCAUUAAUAACAAAUGUGAUCACAACUCAACAAUCAGGAUCGAUCAAUGGUAACAGCAUGAGACAUCCAAGGACACAACAUACAGCGACCUUAUUAACAAAUGGAAAAGUGCUAGUUACUGGUGGAAGAUAUGAUAGUGUUAUUUCAAAUAGUUCCGAAUUGUAUGAUCCAUCAACAGGAACUUGGACAACUACUGGUAGCAUGAACCAUCGACGAGAUCACCACACAGCGACCUUAUUAAUAAAUGGAAAGGUGUUAGUUGUUGGCGGAAGAAAUUUUUCUGGAAAUUUAGGUAGUGCUGAGUUGUAUGAUCUAUCAACAGGAACCUGGACAACUACUGUUAGCAUGAAUAGUAAACGAGCGGAGCACACAGAAUCCUUAUUAACAAAUGGAAAAGUGUUAGUUGCUGGUGGACUCAGCCAUGAGUGUCUUAGUAGCGCUGAGUUGUAUGAUCCAUCAACAGAAACUUGGACAACCACGGAUAGCAUGAACCAUUCACGAGCUUGGCACACCGCAUCCAUAUUAAAAAAUGGAAAAGUGUUAGUUACUGGUGGAGACUGCAUGAAUAUUUUUUUAAGUAGUGCUGAGUUGUAUGGUUCAUCAACAGGAACUUGGACAACUACUGACAGCAUGAAUAGUAAACGAGUGAAGCACACAGCAUCCUUAUUAACAAAUGGAAAAGUGUUAGUUGCUGGUGGACACAACCAUGAGUAUCUUAGUAGCGCUGAGUUGUAUGAUCCAUCAACAGAAACUUGGACAAUCACGGGUAGCAUGAACCAUUCACGAGCUUGGCACACCGCAUCCAUAUUAAAAAAUGAAAAAGUGUUAGUUACUGGUGGAAGAAGUUCUGAUGAAAUCCUAAGUAGUGCUGAGUUGUAUGAUCUAUCAACAGGAAAUUGGGCAACUACUGGCAGCAUGAAUAGUAAACGAAGGAUGCACACCGUAUCCAUAUUAAAAAAUGAAAAAGUGUUAGUUACUGGUGGAGCAGACAUGAAUGCUUUUUUAAGUAGUGCUGAGUUGUAUGAUUCAUCAACAGGAACUUGGAUAACUAAAGGCGAAGCUUGUAAUCGAAUUUGUCGAAUGAAAUUGAUUAAUUGGAAUUUUAAAACAGCCGAAGCACAAGAUACAACUUAUUAUUCUGAAAUUUAA